CCGCAUGAAAUCGAGACAGCCGGUAUACUUGUAAACUUUCGCAACAUAAUUGAAGCGAAUCACUGCAAAAAUAAUUCUCGACGAUGGAUUUCGAGAUAAAAACUGAACAGGAGCUUCACGAUAUUACGAUAUUGACCUUCCAGAAUGUCAUCGACAUGUCCGUGGUACUCAAAGAGCUCUCCAUGAGCGCCAAGAAUUAUCUCAAAUCGCUACAAAAUGUUCGACAGGCAGCGACUUCGUUCUACGAUUCCUUGUCCAAGGUAUCACACAUGGCUGGGCAGUCGAAAGGAACCGCGCGUUCCCUCGGACCCAUCAUUGCUGAUCUGGUAAUUGUCAAGAGGGAGGAGGAAAGUAGACAAAGUGAUGUGCUGAAAUACCUGCAGAAUGAUUUAAUAGCUCCAUUAGACAUCCUGGGGGAUUCAGGUGUCCAGGAGGUGAAAUCUUUGCAGAAAAGUUACAUUCAAGAGAACAAAAGUAAGAUGGAGCUUUUAGAAAGAGCGAAAGGGGAACUGUUGAGAGUUAGGAAAAAAAGUCAAAGAAAUAAACCAACAGAGAAAUAUGAAGAGAAAGAAAAACAGUGUGAGCAAAGAUUGGAGUCAUGCCAAAAAGGACUUAGAGAAUUUAGACUUGCAGGCUGCAGAAAGGCAAUAAAAGAGGAAUGGAAUAGAUAUUGCUUCGUAUUUGACAGAUGCAGUAUUGCUUCCAGAAUUACCAUGGAAUCUUGCGAACAAAGUGCACAGAUACUACGAGGAAAGCUGCCAGUUUGGUUUUCACUCAUAAAAAAGGAUGACUCUGUGUCAAAGGUGAAUGGUUCCAUAUCAAGUGCAGAAAUUAAAAAGGAUGGAAUUAAAAGCGAAAAACUAAAGCUGAGGGCUAAUUUUGCACACACAGCAGCAGAAAAUUCACAGCUUAGUUUCAAAGAGGGUGAUUUAAUAAAUCCAAUCAGUGAAGUUGUUUCAGGAUGGCAAUAUGGAGAAAACUUAAAAACAAACAAGUCUGGCUGGUUCCCGGCUGCUUUCACAGAGGAGGUUAUAGGUGUAAUGACUGGUCCCUCAGUGAGUCAUACAUUACCUGCCAGUGGAAUUCAUCCACGUCCUACACUAGAUUCCAGUGCUGGCCACAAGUCAUUGAAGCGUUAUUCAAGUGCUGGACCAGAUGCAUCAUACUAUCCUCCUCCAGACUAUGUGGAGGAGGACAACAAGGCAGAAAUAAACAGCCUAUCAUCCACAAACACCCCUGGUCUGUCAGGUCCAACUGACAACAGUAGUGCUGCCUUGGAGGUCAGAUCACCAUUGAUACCUCCUCCUCCUCCACCUCUUCCUCCAUCAUUUUCUGCGUUAGGAAAAGGUGAAGAGAAGAAAACCAAGAGUCCUGGUAAUGAAGUAGAACCAAACGGUCAAAUAACAGAAGAUUCUCCUGAUGUGAGUCGCUUGUAAAUUAUGGGAAGGAAGAAUCACAGAGAUGGAAGCUGCUAGCCUCGAAAGAUGAUUACACAGUGAAAGAAUGACAAAUUAGGCCCUCAAUCAAAUGCAUUCUAGCAUUUCCAUUGCUUGCUAAUGAUUGCUUAUUUUGAUGGAAGAUCUCAAAUUAUUGGCCACAUGACUGAAAUACUGUUUUGUGAUAGCAGAACAGUCAUGUGGAUAACUGAAAAAUUUUUAAUUGAGGGAAGGUUUUUUCAGGGCUGAAAUAAUCAAACUGAUUUAUGUGGUAAACGGAAAAAUUAUGCAGAUCUUUGGAGGCUACUGAGCCUAAUAUCUGAGUUAACCCUUCCGUUCUGAAAAUCUAGCCAUCAAUUCUCUGCACUCUCUCUUUUACUGUAUCUAUUUUGUAUGACUUUAGCUCUGAGAGUUUGAUGUUAACCCUUUAACCCCUAAGAGUGACUGGCAUCUAAUUUCUCCUUACAAUAUCACCACUGAAUCACACAUUCACAUCAUGAGAAUACAGGAAAUGAUCACCAACUCUUGAUUGUCAGACAAAUUCUCCUUUUCGGCACCUUAGUAAAUGUACAGAGAACAGUAUGGAGAAUAUGAAUACUGAUGUUGGGGUGUAAAGGGUUAAAUCAAGCAAUAUCCAUUUGUUUAUAUUUUACUGCUCAUCAUCUUUUUGCUGAAAAAUGUUUUGGUAUUGUAAAAACAAUUUCCUUUUUGGUCACUCUUGAAAGAAAUGGUUCAAUGUGCAAAGAAGCAGUGUUUCCAUUUGGCCUGAAAAAUGAUUAUGACAAGCACUUGCUUAGCAUCCUUUUAGUUCUUUCAAAAGUUUUAAGUGAACAGUUUGAUGUACUUAAAUUAUGAUCUCAUAUUUAAUUUGUAGGUUCAUUGAUCAUGUACAAAAUCUGUUAGCCAUAUUGAUGGAAAUAUUUUAUGGAGAGAUCUGAUAUAUCAUAGCUGGAAAUGGGUAAAUUAUUUUUGUGAGCUGUAAAUUGCGAAGAAAAGAAUGAACAAAUUGAUGCUGAAGUUAGCGAUAGAGGGUAACUGGACAAAACUUUAUGAAACACAUGCUAUGAUGUUCAAUUGAUUUCCAAUGAAAAUUAUUGCAGAUUGUAUUUGAUUGUAUUUACAAUAAUCAAUGCUACAUAGUAAAAGUAUGUACCAUUUC